CCAACGUCACCACCUGCACAACAACCAGCACAGCUAAAGGUUCAAUGCCGCCAUAAGGGCAAGAGACCACCUUGUUGCAUGCACAGAGGAUCCGUAGCAACUGAAGGCAAAUCUGCGUACUUUACAUCACAUGACUCCACCUCACUCUACAAGUAUCAAUUCGAUACGGAGCAAUGGACGGAACUUGCAUCAUGUCAUUAUCUAAACUCUGGA